UUUUGGCAUUUUGGCGUCGGUUUCGAAGUUUAGCUACGGAGUAAAUGUAUUUUCUUGGAUGAUUUUGAAUCUGUUUGCAUCUUGGUUGAUAGGAUUGUAGGAAUAGCAAAAUAGUUGUUUUUCCUGGAAAAAUCAAAAUGAAUCUUGUGCCAGGAAAAAUUGUUCUCAAGAGCUCAACGUCAAAAACCCUUAGUCAGCGUUUUAGCGAAAUUGCACAAAACAGAAUUGAAAAUGUUCGAAAUAAGCAACGUUCCGAGAAUGUUGCCAGCAUCAAGAACAGACGUUUAGCUGCUCAAAUGACAAAACGAUUAGGUUCUAUGGAAUCAGUUGAAGGAGAUGUUAAAAGCAGACUUACUAUGCCUCUUGCAAAUCGCCUUGGUUCGAAGAGGGGUGGAGGACAAGCUGGUGGCGGUGGUACAUUUAAAACUAGAGGUCGAAGAGGUAGUGCUCGAGGUGGUAGUGUAACUCCUAGAUCUCAAAGAGGAAGAGGUCGUCUUACAUCUCGUGGUGGUAGAGCAACUCGUCUUACCGAAACAACCCGUCUUGGUGGAACAACACGUGGAGGCAAAACAGCUCGUGGAGGUAGGAUGGCUCGAGGAGGUAGAGGUGGAAUGACAGGCAGAGGUGGCGGGCAGACAACUCGUGGCCGUGGUAGAUCCAUUAGUCAGAGGGGAAAAGUUCGUGGACGAGGAAGAGGAAGAGGAAGGGGAAGAGGUGCUAAUAAAAAACCGAUAACAAAGGAACAAUUAGACACUGAACUGGAUACGUACAUGUCAAAAACAAAGUCUGUUUUGAACUCACAGUUGGACGAGUACAUGAAAGGCAGUGAUUAGCAUUCCAAAUAGUUUUUAUUUCAUUUUGUAAAUAUGACUUUCUCUUGCCUGCAGCAAAUUCAAGAAGAAGAAUAGUGAAGAACGAAUAUUUUAACCCUAUACUUCUAGUAUUGCUAUCAAAUUAUUUUUUAAAUAGAUAGUGCAAUUUGUACAAGGCAUUUUAGCCUCUCGGACAUUAGUGCUUUUGUUAUUGUCCUUCAUAUUACACAACGUACUUUGUCA